GACACCACAGACACAGCUACAGGAUGGACCAUGUUAUUCAGUUUGAAGGGAUUCCCAUGUCCAAGUCCAUGAGAGGAAUGUGUAAGGAGGAGGACUAUGCGUUCCUGGGAGAGAAGGGGAAACACCAUAAGGAGACAGACACUCUGGGAGAAGACUGGAAGGAAGAGAAAAUGGAGAGGGAGCGGCGGCGGCGGGAGCGAGCGCAGCAGGAGCAGGAAAGAAUCAGAGAACUGGAGGAGAGUAGAAAGGAGAAGGAGCAGCAGUGGCGUCAUCAUGUAGCAGAGCUGGCCUCCACUCAGGAUCAGAGACUCAGAGACAGACUGGCACGGAUCCACCACUUCAGGGACUUCCAGAGGAAGGUGCUUGUAGAGGAGAUGUCCCUCCAGACAGACUCUGAGUCCAGCCAAGCCCUGGACCAGCUGCUUACCAGGAUCUAGACAACACAACAUAGAUCCACAGGAAAGACCCAUUUCACAACCAGUUCACAGACAACCGGUCUCUUCUUGUCAGUAUAUAUCUAUAGUUAACUCUCUCCACUAACACCUGUCUUCUGUUCAGUCUACAGAGUGAUCUAGUCUGUAUAGAUCUAUAGUCAUCUCUCUACAGAGUGAUCUAGUCUGUAUAGAUCUAUAGUCAUCUCUCUCCACCUGUCUGCUGUUCAGUCUACAUAGUGAUCUAGUCUGUAUAGAUCUAUAGUCAUCUCUCUACAGAGUGAUCUAGUCUGUAUAGAUCUAUAGUCAUCUCUCUACAGAGUGAUCUAGUCUGUAUAGAUCUAUAGUCAUCUCUCUCCACCUGUCUGCUGUUCAGUCUACAGAGUGAUCUAGUCUGUAUAGAUCUAUAGUCAUCUCUCUACAGAGUGAUCUAGUCUGUAUAGAUAUAUAGUCAUCUCUCUCCACCUGUCUGCUGUUCAGUCUACAUAGUGAUCUAGUCUGUAUAGAUCUAUAGUCAUCUCUCUACAUAGUGAUCUAGUCUGUAUAGAUCUAUAGUCAUCUCUCUACAGAGUGAUCUAGUCUGUAUAGAUCUAUAGUCAUCUCUCUACAUAGUGAUCUAGUCUGUAUAGAUAUAAACCAGUAGAGUAGAAACCAGCUGAAUCUCCUCACAGUUAGAAACUAGCAGAGUAGAAACCAGCUGAAUCUCCUCACAGUUAGAAACCAGUAGAGUAGAAACCAGCUGAAUCUCCACAGUUAGAAACCAGUAGAGUAGAAACCAGCUGAAUCUCCACAUAGUUAGAAACCAGUAGAGUAGAAACCAGCUGAAUCUCCUCACAGUUAGAAACUAGCAGAGUAGAAACCAGCUGAAUCUCCUCACAGUUAGAAACUAGCAGAGUAGAAACCAGCUGAAUCUCCUCACAGUUAGAAACCAGUAGAGUAGAAACCAGCUGAAUCUCCACAGUUAGAAACCAGUAGAGUAGAAACCAGCUGAAUCUCCACAGUUAGAAACCAGUAGAGUAGAAACCAGCUGAAUCUCCACAUAGCUAGAAACCAGUAGAGUAGAAACCAGCUGAAUCUCCUCACAGUUAGAAACCAGUAGAGUAGAAACCAGCUGAAUCUCCUCACAGUUAGAAACCAGUAGAGUAGAAACCAGCUGAAUCUCCACAUAGUUAGAAACCAGUAGAGUAGAAACCAGCUGAAUCUCCACAGUUAGAAACCAGUAGAGUAGAAACCAGCUGAAUCUCCACAGUUAGAAACCAGUAGAGUAGAAACCAGCUGAAUCUCCACAUAGUUAGAAACCAGUAGAGUAGAAACCAGCUGAAUCUCCACAUAGUUAGAAACCAGUAGAGUAGAAACCAGCUGAAUCUCCAUAGUUAGAAACCAGUAGAGUAGAAACCAGCUGAAUCUCCACAUAGUUAGAAACCAGUAGAGUAGAAACCAGCUGAAUCUCCACAUAGUUAGAAACCAGUAGAGUAGAAACCAGCUGAAUCUCCACAUAGUUAGAAACCAGUAGAGUAGAAACCAGCUGAAUCUCCACAUAGUUAGAAACCAGUAGAGUAGAAACCAGCUGAAUCUCCACAUAGUUAGAAACCAGUAGAGUAGAAACCAGCUGAAUCUCCACAUAGUUAGAAACCAGUAGAGUAGAAACCAGCUGAAUCUCCACAUAGUUAGAAACCAGUAGAGUAGAAACCAGCUGAAUCUCCACAUAGUUAGAAACCAGUAGAUUAGAAACCAGCUGAAUCUCCACAUAGUUAGAAACCAGUAGAGUAGAAACCAGCUGAAUCUCCACAUAGUUAGAAACCAGUAGAGUAGAAACCAGCUGAAUCUCCACAUAGUUAGAAACCAGUAGAGUAGAAACCAGCUGAAUCUCCACAUAGUUAGAAACCAGUAGAGUAGAAACCAGCUGAAUCUCCACAUAGUUAGAAACCAGUAGAGUAGAAACCAGCUGAAUCUCCACA